AUGUCAAGACCUCCAAGUGAGUCUNAGAGGGUCACAUCCCUCUCUCUGGACAUUUGUGAGGGAAAAGUGAAGGCAGCAUCAAGAGGCAUCAGGGGCAGAAGCUCCGUUCCUGAGCAUCUGUGGAAGACACUGCCCUAUUUCAGCUACUUGCUCUUUUUCCCUGCUCUCCUAGGAGGCUCCCUGUGUUCCUUCCAGAGAUUUCAAGCUCGUGUUCAAGGGCCGAGCAGUGUGGGUCUCAGGCGCUCUGUCUGGGCUCUGACCUGGAGGGGUCUGCAGAUCCUGGGCCUCGAGUGCCUAAAAGUGGUCCUGAGGAUGGUGGUGGGUGCAGGAGCGGGUCUGACUGACUGCCGGCAGCUCCAGUGCAUCUGUGUCAUGUGGUCCACGGCCGGGCUCUUCAAACUCACCUACUACUCCUGCUGGCUCCUGGAUGAUGCCCUCCUCCAUGCAGCAGGCUUUGGACCUGAACUUGGUCAGAGCCCUGCUGCGGGGGGAUACGUCCCCGAUGCGGACAUUUGGACACUGGAAACAACCCACAGGAUAUCCCUGUUCACAAGAAAGUGGAACCAAAGCACAGCUGGGUGGCUCCGACGCCUCAUAUUCCAGCGGGGCGGGGCCCGCCCGUUGCUGCAGACGUUCGCCUUCUCCGCCUGGUGGCAUGGACUCCACCCAGGACAGGUGUUUGGUUUCCUCUGCUGGGCUCUGAUGGUGGAAGCUGAUUACCUGAUCCACACCUUUGCCAACUUGUCUAUCAGAUCCUGGCCAAUGCAGCUGCUCUAUAGAACUGUCACCUGGGCCCACACCCAGCUCAUCAUUGCCUAUAUAAUGCUGGCCGUGGAGGUCAGGAGCCUCUCCUCUCUCUGGCUGCUGUGUAAUUCUUACAACAGUGUCUUUCCCAUGGUGUAUUGUAUUUUGCUUUUUCUAUUAGCAAAGAGAAAGCAUACAUUGAACUGA